UGGCACUUUGCAAAAAUUGGUCUUCACAAGGUUGCAGUUGUAAUGAAGUUUUGAAGACAUUCUAGUCAUAAGGAAUAUGAGAUGUCGAAUUGCACUUAUGUUAAUGUCACUGAUUAUCUUUUGAUGCCCAUUGUGCAAGUAUCUACUUUGAAUGGAGUGUCAAAUGUUUCUGAAAAUGACACUAAAGUAUCUUUUGAUGCACCGGGCUUUGCUAACCUCACAGUCUUGAUGAGAACUACUGAUCCUUAUUUCGUUUGUAAACGGCUUGCAUAUUUGUGGAACUUUAAUGAUGGCAGUCACUUUUCUGGAAUGCACGUCACCCAAUACUACAAUAAGUCUGAUUAUUUUUCUGUUAAUUUGAAUGUAUACAAAGUCUUCGAAUUUGAAAAGAAUCGUCAGUUGGCUACAAAUUUCUCAUUGACAUUAUAUGUGAAAGAGGCAGAAAAGAAGCCCAAUGGCAGUGAUACAGCUAUUGACAUCACUUUGGUGCUGUCUAUAUUUAUUUUUAAUAUGUUGAUAAAUGAAGAUAUUGUAUAACUUGA